AUGGCCAGGGCGCGGCUGCCGGCCCAUCCCUCCGAGCGCCCCCGCCCCGCGUGGCCCUUCCGGGCCUUGGCCUGCGGCCCGGGGCCUCGGAAACCCAAGUCCGGGUCCACCCUGGGCGGGGUUAAGGGAGGAAAAGACCAAAGGACUAGAGACGGGUUUUGGCCUCGGACCUGCCCUCUCCGACUCCCAGCUGCUGACGGGGGACUUGGAGAGCUGUGGGAGGAGACUGGACUGCAGCUGCCCCAGGGCCAGUUGUCUUGGGUCCCGUUGGGAUUAUGGGAGCUGAGACAGGGCCCUGGAAGAGGCCCUUCCCUAUUUAACGUGAGCUGGGGUUUCCCCAAAUACCAUCACAUCAUUCUUUAUCCACUUGUGAUCUCCCAGGGGUCAGGGCAGCAGCUGCAGGUCCGGAUCUAACCAAACCCAAGUGAGGUGAGCGCCUUUAUGUGGCUGGAACCAGAUACAGCAGCUGCAGUGGGUGCCACAGAGGAUAGGACAGAAACACCCAGAGAUCUCCCUCAGGACCUCCCAUCCUCUAUCCUCUUGUCACACUGCGGUGCAGUAGAACUAAAGGAGGAUGGAGGAGCCCAACCUCUGGCCACGUCCACACUGCUGUGGACAACCCCAACCACAGAGGAGGACAAGGAGAGGAUCAGCACUGGAACCAAGUUUGCCCUCCGGCUAUGGCUGCAACAUCUGCACAGUCCUCAGCGUAACACGCCAUCAGGUGAAAGUGGAGCUUACAUGGAUGUAGGGCCAUCAAAGGAAGAAUGGAACAUGGACCCUCUUCCCCCAACCCAGGGAUAUGGAAAGUGAAGUGCCCACCCCCACGACACUCACAGAACAUUCACAACCUUUAUUAUGGUGAGAACUUUGCUACAACUUUGAAAGUAAAAAGUAAAAUUACAACAUAGGUUCCAGGCCCUUGAGGAGCCAGAGAAAAGAGAUUGGGAAGGAGGGCACAAGGGUCCUCCCACCUGCCAGGAAAGGUGCAAAAUGAGCCAGGGCGAAGCCCAGGGCCACGGGCCUCGAGAGGCACAGGUGGGCCUCGAGAGGCACAGGCCCCAGGCUGGUCAGUGUUCAGACACGCUGUGAACUUAAAUAUAUAAAUAGAGAGAGACCCAGGCAGGCGGCUGGGCCCUCCCUGUUCUCAAACCCUGGGGAUCUUGACUUAAGGCCUCUCUCCUACUCAGUCAUACUGGGAAGUAGGGGCAGGAAAGUCAUCUUUGGAGUAUUUGGGAGUUUUCUGUUUAUGUACAAAAAAAUCCACAACACAAAAUAGAGGUUUUUUUGUCCA